UGAAAGUAAUGACUGUGUCGUCAUCAACCGGCGACUACAUUAUAUGAUACACACAUGGUAGUUAGCUUCUGUUAACUCACAGUUUCUUCCUUUUCUCACUUCCAAAUCACAGAUAUUGACGGCGGGAAUACUUAUUAGAAAUGCGAUGACGUGCUUAGUUAAUAUUUUUUGUUUGAAUGUUUUUGAUUGAGAGAACAUUGUUAGUAUAUACACGAUGGCCAAGCUGUGGCAUGAGGGCCACUCCACACCCAUUUUGUGUGUUUGCGCAUCCCCAGGCACCACAGGACUUGUUGCCUCAGGUUCUGAAGGCGGAGAUGUUGUCAUUUGGAGCCAAGAAGGAUCCGUCGUGGGUCGCCUCAACCUCCGGGGUGAGGACGAUUGCACCAGCGUGGCGUUUUCUCCCUUGGCGUCGGGCCUGCUCUAUGCAUCUCACGGCGACACGGUUAGCACAUUUGACCCUCGGAACCUGAAGGGCGCCUUGGAGGAGUUUGUUGGCGCCGGGGAGGAGGAAAUAAACGCGUUGGCGUUGAACGAGAGUGGUACAACUCUUGCACUGGCUGAUGACUCAGGGGCAGUCCGGAUCCUGGAGCUUCCUGGGGGGAAAGUUUGCAGGACUCUACGAAGACACACAAACAUCUGCUCCUCUGUGGCUUUUCGGCCUCACAGGCCCAACAAUCUGCUGUCUGCUGGACUGGACAUGCAGGUUAUUCUGUGGGGACUGCAGAAGACACGUCCCCUCUGGAACCUCAACCUCCAAGACUUAGCGGAGGAGGUGGGUGACAAACAGCAGCGUCCUGGUCAGCUUUUUAACCCUCCGCUGGCUCACUGUGUCUCCGUGGCCAGCUGUGGAAACAUAGUGGCUUGUGCCGCUGAGGACGGCCGAGUGCACCUCAUGCGGGUGGGCGGCGGCUCUAAACUGGAGAGGCAGGGGGCAUUCAAGGCACAUUGCCAGGGAGCCUCCCAAGCUCAUUUCAUACAGUUUCUCUCACACCCUUACUGGCUGGCCACUGGGGGCAACGAUGGCCAAGUGGAUCUGUGGGACGUUAGCAAACACGACGUGGUGGCACCAGAGGAAAAGGUCAAAGUCAAGGGUGCAGCUGCCUCCUACAGGAAGGGAAAACGAAAGGCCAAGAGAAACGCAGAUGAGGUGCAUGAGAAAGAUGUGGCAGACGCUGAGGUGAUGCCAGAUUCUGGACCCAAAGUGAACAUCAAUCAUGGGGACAAAGUCAACUGGUUGUGUCCUGCUUUGCUCAAAGGAACAGCUAGUCUGAUUGUGGCUGAUCAAAGCUCCAGUCUGACAGUUUAUCCACUGUCUGAGCUGUAAAUUACAACACUCCAAUCGUCCACCUUUUUUGGGGGGGAUUUUGCAGUUUCCCAACCUUUAUUCCAAAGAAUGAACAGGGGCUGCGAUGGCAGACAUUAGGCAAAAAAAAAAAAAAAAAAUGUGAUUCAUACAACCAUUGUUUUGGCUCCAAGUGAAACACAAACUUGGAUUCAGUGUGGUUUUUAUUGCAUUUUGAAUAAGGAAAAUUGUUUUUACAGUAAUAAAUUAUGACCUGUUGUUCCAAAUCUAGUGCUCCAGACUCUCUAAUCGGAGUGUUGUGGUCCAGCCCUGAAUUUGAAGGAACAAGUAGAACACCACGAUGUAAAUUGACUUGUGAAGUCGAUGCAAACUUCCACUUGGUUUCACUUUUCGUACAUUGUUGGUAUUAAUAACGGGGUAUAAAUGCGCACUAGUAGAUGAAAAAUGUGAUUACAUUAUGUCAAAUUUUAGGUACAAAAUGUUACGAUUCGGCCGCAGUCUGGAGCGCUAAAAUGUAUUCACUACAAUUCCACACAAAGCAAAACAUGUAACUUAUCAGAAUAAAAAGGCACAAAGCUUCCCAUUCAGUACAGUAUUUUUUUUAAAACAUUUUUUAAAGCUGUCCACAAUUUGUAUGCAUUUCCAAAAAAUGUUCCAAUGCGCAUGAUGGAAAGUUGACAUUCACUAUUAAAUUAGCACUGCAAAGCACGCAGUCCACUAAUUGGACUUUCACAGUCUUGAUUGAUUCCGCUGAAUGUAUCAAGUCUUCCUUUCAAGUGUUUUGAGACUGUUGGCUUUCAUGUGGGUGGUGGUUGCCGGUGAGUUUUAUUUAUUUUUUAAAGUUUAGCUAGGCUGUUCUCCAAGCUCUGGAUGUCAGCAUCAGCUUCUUCUCCUUUGACCCCGUGGGCACUGCAUUCGAGGAAUUCCACUUUCAUGGGCAGCUGGCUGAAGUCGAAGUCUUUGCCUUUCUUUCCCAGGUAGACGCUUCCACCUGCCGAGCCGUCCUGAGAGCUGAGUGCCGCUGAGCGAGUAACGCGCAGUGUGUUCCUGCGAGGCGGGACCUAUUAAAAAUGGCCUGUAUCAUAUAAUGGAUCACCACGGCUGUAGUUACUCACAGUUCUUUUUCCAGUUGCUGUUGAAUCAGUUUGGCUGAUUUUGCCAUGGUGAUGUCUGUAAAAUAACAUAUUACCAUUACUAGGCAUGAAAAUGGGUCAGGGGUGUGGAGGAAAUAUUUUCCGGAACACUGUACAACCACAAUUUUCUCCUGAUUAGUCAGCAGACUAUUUUUAUGAUUAGUAGUCUAAUA